AUCUCAUUCGUUUCCAUGCUCAUUCAGCUAUACAACCCCAUUUCACACAUUCAACAACCAAGUCAAAACAUGACUAGUAAUAAGUGUCUAGUCUCAUGCUUCACAAUAUUCACUUUAUUCAUCUUCGCAUCUCUAUUACUAUUCUACUGUGGUAAAACCAUUGAUUACAGAUCAAAAUUCCUACUCUUCUCGUCUCCUCCAACUGACCGUACACCCUGCACCACUCAAUCCCCUCCACUCAAUGUCUACAUGUACGAUUUGGGUACAAAAUACAAUGUGGGAAUGCUAAACGGGUCGGGUUUGAAUGGUCCACCGGUGACCCGCGAGACAUUACCGGAGUACCCGAAUUAUGUCGGGUUAAGGAGACAACAUACGGUGGAGUAUUGGAUGCUGGCUUCGUUGUUGUUGUAUAAUGGGACGACGUAUGGAGAGGCGGUUAGGGUUUUGAAUCCGGAUUUGGCGGAUGUGUUUUUUGUGCCGUUUUUUAGUUCGUUGAGUUAUGAUACGUAUAAUCAUCAUGGGAAUUAUUCCGAGUCCAAAGUUGAUGAUCAAUUGCAGGCUGAAAUUGUUGACCUCUUACAAAAAUCUAAAUAUUGGAAGAGGUCUGCUGGUCGAGAUCAUGUGAUACCAAUGCAACAUCCAAAUGCUUUCAAACGUUAUAGGGAGAAGGUAAAUGCUGCUAUAUUCGUCGUAGCAGAUUUUGGUCGCCCUUCUCCAGCUGUGUCUAAUUUGAGGAAAGAUGUUGUGGUCCCAUAUGGACAUGUGGUUGGAACUUUUGAAGCUGAUGACCUCUCCGACCCAUACGAUUCUCGCACAACGCUUCUUUUCUUCCGGGGGAGGACAGAUAGAAAAGCUGAAGGGAAAGACCGUAAGCAACUGGAAAAAAUAUUAAGCGGUCAAAAGGAUGUUGUUUUUGAAGUAAAGGAAUACUCAGAGGAAGGUGUAAAUGCAUCCACCAAGGGGAUGCGUUCAUCAAAGUUCUGUCUAGAUCCAGCAGGGGAUACCCCAUCAUCUUGCCGCCUUUUUGAUGCUAUAGUUAGUCAUUGUGUCCCUGUAAUUGUGAGUGACAAAAUUGAGCUACCUUAUGAGGACGAAAUAGACUACAAGAAGUUCUCUAUCUUCUUCUCACGCGAGGAGGCAAAGAAAGAAGGCUACAUACUUGAUCAGCUCAGGAACAUUUCUAAACCAAAAUGGGUUGAAAUGUGGAGAUAUCUCAAGAACAUUACACAUCAUUUUGAGUAUCAGUACCCUCCGAAGAAUGGUGAUGCUGUAAACAUGAUAUGGAGGCAAGUGAAGCACAAGCUUCCUGCUGUAAAACUUGCUGUACAUAGAAACAGGAGGCUUAAAGUGCCCGAUUGGUGGAGAUAGCUGAUGGUAUAGUCUAUACAUUUCUAUGCUUUCAUAGGCAAAAGAAUUUACCCCCCCCCCCCCCCCCCCUAGGGGCACCCCGAACUGAGCAAACUUGGUUACAAGCUGUUGUAUGUGUCGGAUCCUCCAAAAAUGCACUACUUUUGGAGCAUCUGACACGCACCCUGCGUCAUUUUUGGAGAGUCCGAGCUACAUAGGUUACAAGUGCGGCAAUAGAAUAGUUGGAACACAUACCAUUAGUCAGUGGAACCCCUCAGCGAUUUAUUUUUCUGGAGAAUGAAGGUUUCUUGCUUUGCUGCAGCAGCUAUGACUCAACUAUCAUUUCUUCCUUAAUAUAUGUGCUAGUUGAAAAA